AACACGUCACCUAAAUGUUAUAAGCAUAGUAAUAUGUGGCUUCUCCAUUCUUUACUAUCGAUGAUUCUGACGCUAAAUUAAAUAUAAUAACAGUAUUUUUUAUACCUAACAUUCGUCGUGUCAUAUUAUAUUUAUUACGUCAGUCAGGUAACACGUAAGCAAUCCGCUUCAACUUUUACCAAUAUUUUGAAUUGUACCAGCUUGAAACUAUUAUACUGUAGACAUUUUUACUAGGCACCAUGAACAUUUUAAAGGAUAAAAGUGUAAUAAGAUAUAUUACAUCAUUAGAUGGAUUGAGUCCUGCCCAGCAUCUGCUCACAGUUUGUCAGUGCAUAAAAAAAAAUAUACCGGAAGACGCUCACUCUGACAUUGCAGUUCCUUUCAGUAGUAACCUGGCUGAAUUAGCUGCUAACCAAGGGCCAAACCACUUAAGACAGAUUAAAAUGUACAUAAAAAAAACAUCUUAUUUCAACACAGAUACAAUGAAGUUCUUAAUCAACAAAAUGUUAGAAUGCAAAGACAUUAAAACAAUUGAACAUUAUUAUUGUGUUCUUGAUAAAAACUUCAAGCUGCAUCCACCGUGUGCUGAAUACAUGGAUAAAGAGUAUGAACAACUACUGCUCAGUUCAUAUAGGAAUAAUAUUGGGGAAAUGACUCUAUGGGAUUAUAUAGUAGAAUGCUUGAAUAACAUAACUAAAGGAUCUCUUUUAUACGGGGAUGAUAAAGCGUUUGAAUUGGCAUUCAAAAUGUGUUUCAGUUUUUGCAUAGGUAUUUUACAAGUUGACUUUGAAGUUUCCAAAAAAAAAAAUAAUAGAUCUUUGGUCUCAAAAUGUCUAAAGUAUAAACUUGAAAGAAGAACAAGAAUGAGUGAAAUCAGCACACUUUUGGAUCAUUUAUUUAACACUGGGUAUAAUUUUCAAAUGCCUGUUAUCCACCUUGCGAUACUUGUAAAUCAGUUACAAUGCAAUUAAAAUGUAUUCAUCUUAUGCAUUUAUUGUUUGUUUACAUUUAUGUAAAUAAGGUUUUUUGAUUGUUUAAAUAAAUAUAAUCAGCUUAUUGUUAUAUCGACAAAACCGCUUGAC